GGUACCCUCCCUUCGUUCUCCCUCCGUCACUUCCGGUGAGCCUCUCGCGGAUUCUGGGUUUCAGAGCCGUGGCCUCGGCUGUGAAGAAGGCGCUCGGGGUUUCUAUUGUAACAUUCAGGAAGAGAAGCGGCGUCACCAAGCGCUGUCAGUCAUGUUCUCUUUCAACAUGUUUGACCACCCGAUUCCCCGGGUCUUCCAGAACCGCUUCUCCACGCAGUACCGCUGCUUCUCCGUGUCCAUGCUAGCAGGGCCUAAUGACAGGUCAGAUGUGGAGAAAGGAGGGAAGAUAAUUAUGCCACCCUCAGCCCUCGAUCAACUCAGCCGGCUCAACAUCACCUAUCCUAUGCUGUUUAAAUUGACCAAUAAGAAUUCAGACCGAAUGACCCACUGUGGUGUACUGGAGUUUGUUGCUGAUGAAGGCAUCUGUUACCUCCCCCACUGGAUGAUGCAGAAUUUGCUGUUGGAAGAAGGGGGCCUGGUUCAGGUGGAAAGUGUCAACCUUCAAGUGGCUACCUACUCUAAGUUCCAGCCUCAGAGCCCGGACUUCCUGGAUAUCACCAACCCUAAAGCAGUAUUAGAAAAUGCAUUGAGAAACUUUGCCUGUCUGACCACUGGAGAUGUGAUUGCGAUCAACUACAAUGAGAAGAUCUAUGAACUGCGUGUGAUGGAGACCAAACCUGACAAGGCUGUAUCCAUUAUUGAAUGUGACAUGAAUGUCGAUUUUGAUGCUCCCUUGGGCUAUAAAGAACCAGAAAGACCAGUGCAGCAUGAGGAGUCAAUAGAGGGAGAAGCUGACCACAGUGGCUACGCUGGAGAAAUGGGCUUCCGUGCCUUCUCUGGUUCUGGGAAUAGACUAGAUGGAAAGAAGAAAGGAGUUGAGCCCAGUCCUUCCCCUAUCAAGCCUGGGGACAUUAAAAGAGGGAUUCCUAAUUACGAAUUUAAGCUUGGUAAGAUCACUUUCAUCAGAAAUUCACGUCCAUUGGUCAAAAAGGUCGAAGAGGAUGAAGCUGGGGGAAGAUUCGUUGCCUUUUCUGGAGAGGGACAGUCGCUUCGUAAGAAGGGAAGAAAGCCCUAAGUCCAAAACUGUUGGCUGACUGGAAAAUAAAAGAUCCAAUUGCAACACACUGGCUUAUAGUUACUGGCUCUGACAAGUUCAGAGAAUGCUCUGUUAUUUAUGGUUUGUUUAGAGUUACCUAAGAACUCCCAAGCUUGUCCUGGAUGCAAAACAGCAGACCUUGGCGGUUGUGCUUGCUUUGGGGGAGAGAAAGCACUCUCAGGUCCCAUGGUGACACCUCCUCCUCUUCAUGCUUUCUGCUCUAGGGUGCUCCUAGGGCCUCAGCAGAGCAGUUCCCUGUUUCCUGACUUGCUCUUCUUUCCCAGGUCUGUAUGUGGGGCAGUGUCUUCAGCCAAUCAUGGCCACUCAGGCCAGGACUUGACUACCUGACAAAGAUGGUCUCUGCUCUUAUUUACAGAGGGGAUCUCAUCCAGAUGAAUUCACUCUCAUUUUAAUCUGCUGGUUAUCAGUGAAUUCCAUGGUGAAGCCAAAUGAAUAAAUGCUGACAUUAUGUGCCCCUAUUGCGACUUUAUUUAUUACCCAAGGUUCUGAUAGUUUUUCUGUUUUUCAAGUGCUAGGGCUGAAGCGGAAACUCAUGAAUCUUAAGCAUGCCACACACUCUGCCACGAGGUUCGUCCAUGUCCCACUUUCUUUUGGUUUUAUUGUGCUCAGAUCUACACUUUGUAUGAUGUAAGAUCUUUUGACAUCCUGAUUCAAUUAUUUAAAAUUUGUUCCUUGAGAAUAAUUCUUAUUGAAGAAUUAAAUAAAACGAUUAAAACUUG